AUGGAUAGUAGGACCUAUUCUGCUCACCCCACGAAAGCUAGUGAUAAAUCUUGGUUUGAGACGGGUCACACAACGAAAGCUGUGACAAAAGGUAUCUGGGUAAUGUGUCGUCCACACCCUACACAGGAAGACCAAGUUCUUGUUUUACUAGAUACAGAAGGGAUUGAUGAUCCUGAUAAGAUUUUUAACAACAAGAUUAAAACAUCAAUAAAAGUAAGCUGUUCAGAAGAAGACGAUUCUAUCCUUGAUUUCUUUUUCCCGAACUUUGUUCUCACACUAAGGGAUUUUACUCUUGAAACUAACAAUGAGGACGAUGAUACCUUUCUUGAAAAUAAUUUAGAGCUGGAACAACACAAAAAGAUGAAAAAAGGUAAACAAGAGGAUCUCGAUGAACACAACCUUCCACGAAUACUUAUCCGAAGAUAUUUCAAGAACAGAAAAUGCUUCCGGUUCAGAAAACUGGUCAAACAAGAUCUGCUGAAAGAAUUGAUGACGCUGUCAGAGAAUUCAUUGAAGACAGAAUUUCGGGAAACUUUGGACAAGUUCCGGAAUUACAUAUUUUCUUGUAAGCCGAAGUUACUGAAAUCAGGAAAAGCAAUAAAUGGCAGGAGUAAGUACACAUGA